AUGACCAAAACCACCCCCCUUGAAACUAACCCUAAUGACCCUUAUCUAAAUAAUUCUCUCCCUCCUAGUGGAAGGCCAGGUUUUAAUGCUCAAGCUCCACCUCCUUUCCUCUCUUACGCUUCAAUAUUUGAGUCUGUUCAAAAUGUUCCUACUCCGAUUUUCUCUAAACCCAAUGGAAGCGGGUUAAAUUUCAAUGGCAAAGUGGGUGCCUCGUGCACUGGAACACCUUACCAGCCUCAAGCUUCAAUAUUUGAGUUUGUUCAAAAUGUUCCUAGUCCAAUUUUAUCUAAACCUAAUGAAAGUGUGUCAAUUUUCAAUGGCGGAUUAGGUGCCUCGUGUAUUGGGAUACCCUCGAGGUCCGACUCUAACGAGGCAACGCCAGUUUCGGGCAUAGUGGAGAGUCAAGAACAAAGAAGAGGGCGGAAGCAUUUUAGCCAUGACCAUACCUUGAAUCUGUCAAAAGUUGAAGAGAAUGGUGCAAAAACUUGUUCGGGGUGUGAGAAAAACCUCUCAGAUUUCGCUUACAUUUGCACCGAGUCUCAAUGCACAUUCUCUCUCCACAAGUCAUGCUUCAAACUGCCAAUAAAGAUCCAACAUAAAUCUCACCUUGAUCACCCUCUCACCCUUCUCUCAUCCCCACCUUACAAAGCAGAUGGUGAGUUCACCUGCAAUGCCUGCCUCAAAAAUGGCGGAGCUUUCACCUACAAUUGCUCAAUCUGCACAUUUGACCUCCAUGUUGAUUGUGUAAGCUUGCCUGAAACUGUGAAAAGAGAAGAUCAUGAACACCCAUUAACUCUCCUCUAUUCCUCUCAACACAAAAAUGUUGCAGAAGAAGAAGAAGAAGAUUCACUGGUCUUGUGUGAUGUUUGUCAUCAAGCUAUUCAUGAAAUCUCUUGGGUCUACCAUUGUCACAAGUGUGAUUACAAUACUCAUUUGGAUUGUGUGAAUGAUGAAGAAAUCCCAAUUCAACAAUCAGAAGAGGAUUUGAUUCGUGAAGUUCAAAUUCAGGCCCAAAUCGAAUUGGAAACAACUCAACUUCUAGCGCAAAUACGUCUCCAAACGGCACAAUCUAUCCUCGAUUUAAUUGGGUAA